AUGCAACGUCCGGGCGAAACGCAAGAGGAACAUUUCGAGCUGAUCAACGUAGAUGGCGUGCACGUGAAUGCAGGUUCUGAAGGAAGUGCAAGCGAAAACCCAAAACCAGUAUUAAUGAGAACGACCACAGGAAAAAACGAUAACGAAAACGCCUCGAAAGAAAGACCCGUGCGAGAUGUUGGUGGGGCUGUCCAUAGUGAAGUUACAGCAAAUAGCAACAGCGUCAUUAUCCAAGGAGCAGAGCAAGCGUCAUGGAGACCUGAAGGAUCGGAUGCAGUCCUUGACUCACUAAAUGUCAUAACGCAGACAAUGCAACAGCAAAUGAACUUCAAGUUUCGUCGUAUGAUGUAUCUGAUGACUUUGCUUCUUGUGAUAAUUCUUUUGACUGCAGCAGUGAGCGUGGGCUUCAUAGUGAAGACAUCGAAGCCUGAGACAUGCCCGAGUCAGCCCUCCUUAUCUCCAGGUCAGUAGGGUAGUACAGAGUACCAUCGAUCUAAACUCUUAAAAUACGUCUAUCCUUUUUAUUUCUUUAUUAUUUUAUUUAUUUUUUUAAUAUUUAUAAACACGUCAGUUCUAAAGCCAAAUGUGAUAUUGUAAAAUAGCCAAUUCCUGGUUAAAAAUAGCCUUUUUAACAGUGUUUUUUUCCACAUUUUAUGUAGUGCUUAAAAAGUGGUAUUAUCUACAAUGAAAAUUCAAAAUGUUACCAUGCACAGGACUGGUUCGGUAAUAUCUUCCUUUUUUAAUGUAGAUCGUGCAGGUUUCCUGUCGUUUUCGGCAAAAUGUUUUGCAAUUUGUCUUUUUUUUUUUUUUUUUCACGCAGUGCCAUUAAGCAAUAAUCCAGAAUAAAUUCUGAAAAAUGUGCAAACGCACUCAAAAUGAACACGGAAAUUUCCAACGUCGCUUUAGCAAUAUUAACUUAAAGGUGGCCCGAACCUAUUUAUAUGCGUUUUGGUUAUGUUUUUGAUUUGCGUUUUUUAGAAUUAAAGAUUCAACCGAUCUCUAUGAUUUCUGGCAUACCAAAUUAAUAAUGAUGGAACUUUAAGAAAAUGUUAUUUGUUUUCUUGUAGAUAUAAAAACCUUUGAGAUAUCGGCAUAUAUUUAAAACCGCAUUUUUACUAAAAAUGCAAAUAACUUCGAAAUCCCACGACAGAUGUUUCGUUAACUUGAGCAAAUAAGCCUCAGAGCUCUCUAGGUUUACAUCUGUAAGUUUGAAGGCAAUCGUGACCAUAGAACUCGCUGCACAAAAUGCUGGUCAAAUUUAACCUUAAAAUGCUACGCUAACACAUUUGUGAAAGUUGACUCACGAAUAGAGGUAGAGUGCCGACAGACUAUCUCCUAUCUGAAAGGACAUUCCUACCUAAAGCUUUAUUGCAAGAAACAGAGUAACCAGAAACCUACGGCGAACAUAGUUAGCACUUUUAGAAGAACAACUUUAUGCUGAGUGCACGGUAAUAUUAAAGAACUUCUAUUCAUCAAACUUAAGUUGUAUUUGUCCCUCUCUUUUGAAAUCAAAUCUUAACAAAGCAAAAUAUAGCGUCUACGAAAAACGGUCGAGAGUUUUUAGCAUCGCAGGUUCCUGCUUUGAAGAGGAAUAACGCCACCAACUCCAGUACUUCUAACCAUAGUUAAUUGAGUGGAAUGGUUAUGAAACCCGUCAGACUCCUUUGUUAUAUGUUUUUGUGGACCUGAAAGUGCACAACGUUCAAAAGAAUUCCUAUCAUUUUGAUUGUAUUGACCAAUAAAAACGUUGCAUUAAUUUAUUCCGUAACAAUUUGCCAACAGAAAACAAAGGAUUGUGCACUUUCACGGUACUUCCAACAUAAACUGCAGCACUGUUGUUCUUAUCAUUGAUGUUUACCGCUUUUCAUAACCAAUCUCCUCUAAUAACUAUGUUCUAACCAUCCAUUUUUCAGCUGCAGUGAAGACCCUUGUAUUUGGUAAUUGAUUCAAGCUUUUAAGACUUGCCAGCACAUUCGCACGGAAAUUACCACUUGGGAAUAAAGAUGAAGACAAAUAUGACAAUCGUCUUAUUCUUCUCAUUAUCACCAACAUCAAAUUGCCCGUGCGAACGUGAUCGGAAGUCUUAAUAGCGUGAAUAAAUUACCAAAUACAAGGGUUUUCAUUGCAGCUGAAAAAUGGAUGGUUAGAAGUACUGGAGUUGGUAUUUUUCACGCCCCUUCCCCCAGAGCUAUAAUCCCCAACGCCCGCGCCCUCGGUGCAUUUGAAAAUCAAGAUACCUGUGACGGUAAGACGCGGUAUAUCUAAACGAGCUCACGAAAAAAUAGGGGACUGUGAACAGUCUACCAUUAAACGGUCACCUCUAUUAAGCGGACGCGGUUACCCUUUCUAAGGUCCCAAAGUGCUGAUGUUAUUGUUUUCACCUGUAUUAAACGGUCAAUUUGUUUACAAAAACUAAAUUCUGGGAGUCAAGUACAGCAAAGUUAAAAUCACAAGUGUAACUUGUUUCCACAAAUGUCUCGAAAUCAACUGUCUGAACAGUGACGUUCGGUUAUUUUUAACUGUAGUGUCAACAUUAAUAUUAAAUUGAUCUUUAACUAGCUUCUCUUUUAACAAUAGGCCAUUUGCACGAUGACGUUAUUUUACUACUACGACCAGAAUCCUUCAGAGUUUUGCUUUCUUGUGCAAAUUAAGGCUUUUGUUAUUUAAAACUCGCUGGGAUUUCCAAAUUUGAAUAUGAAAGAAAAAGCGAAAAGUACUAUGGUCGUAGUAGUAAAAUGACGCCAUAUUGCAAAUGACCUAUUGCACGAAAAAUUGUCCCCUUCAAAAUGAUAUUCAUAAGGCACUUCUAAACCAUAACCAGCUCAUCUGUUUGUGUUUUUACUUUAAAAAUAUAAAAGAUAAUCAAGUAUCAAGUAAAAUGCCAUCCCCACUAAGCCUGAUGUUGAAUUUUACGAUACCUGUAUUAAGCGGCCCCCGUGUACAGGUUUAAUUUGACUGUACCCAGUCUCUUAUCGGAUUAAGCCUCCACCGUGUCUACAUUUCUGUUCGUGUUAAAACGGUUUCAAAACAGGUGGAGAGGAAAUGCAACUGGAACGAUAAAAUAUUCGCUGGAGUCAGUACUUAUCAAAUGAUAUGAAAUUUUGUGUGAAAUUUCAAACUGCUAUAAAUAGCAGUAGAAAAUUAAAGCAAAACACGAGGAAGAGGAGAGAGGAAAAGGGAUUCUUAGACAAGUCAAAUUUAUUGAAAAUACCGGACUGCCGGUCAUUUAGUGUUUUGAGGAAAACCUUGACAGGUUACCGGCCAUAUAGCCACAGCGUAUUUGAGCAAAAAUCACCGUUCAUAAGUUUUUUUCUCUGUACGGUAUUUGUCAAUAAAACAAAAUCGAAUCGCUUUACAUUGAGUCUACAUUGCUUUUACCUUCUGUCUUGUGUCUUUAUGGUCUGAUCGAGCCUUGAAGUCGCAACCAUUUCUCUACAUACAAUCGCUUGACCGCCUCGAAUAAAACCUUGCCAUCUUCGGUCUUAUUUAGUGCAAAUACCACUUUGCUUCUUUGCCGUAUGCCAUCUGACGUCGAGAUUUUCCUCUUUCACUCCUAAAUUUCAAAUUUCUCGAACAGAAUUUGACCAAUGUGGCUUCUCAAAAAAGAUCGGUACAGGUCUCUUACUGAAUAGGAAACCACACGUUACCCUCAGGGCCGCCCUGAUUCCAUCGCUCUAAUACUUUUCUUUUCAAAGUUUGAAUGUGGUGGGCCUUUCUUUUUGAUAGGCUGAUUUAGCAACAGGACGGGAACGUCCGGUUGCGACGGGAAAGUUCGCGGAAAGGACUAAACACGACUUCCGGUGCCCAAUUUGCCGCUUUGCCAUUGGACAAGCCAGUUGUUUGAUUUGCGCUCGCCGUCGUCAACUGACGUUUCCGUUCUGUUGCUAUAUCAGACUAAUAAAAAUAAGGAACGGGCCAUUAGAAAAGUUGUGGGGGAGGGUGGCUAAUUUUCGAGUCGCCGGAAUUUUUUUUCGUUAUCAAAUUCCUUGUAUUAAAUUUUUAAGGUCAUAGCAUGAAUAUUUUUUAGGGUUAAUUGGCGUGCAUGAAUUCUUUUUUACUUCGGCGGAGCUCGAAGUAAAGGAUUCGCGACGCUCAGGAAUGUAUCAAAGUUACAAUUUUUUGACAAGAUUGGGCAAGCAAAGUCUGUAGGUUUUCGGUUCUAUUCGGCUAUUUGACGAAGUGCGAGACGAAUUAGUUCGAGAUAUCUAGAGAUCACUUCGAUUUCUUUGAUUUAUUCUUUAACUUUUUCGAGGAAGAAAGAAUUAUUAUUUUGGCUUCCCCAGGGUUUGAACCGACUCACCUGCGUGACCUGUCAGAUCAGAGGAGACUCUAAGCUGAGGGAUUAGCCGAUUGCGCUACUGCGACCCAAGGUUGUUUGGGAUAUGAAAAAUAGUUAUGCACUAGUUUCGGGACAAGAUUGGGCGUGCAAGUUCGUGACUUUUCGGGUUGUUUCAACUAUUUCCCGAAAUGAGACUGGACUACUUCGUGAUAUCUCGAGAUCACUUCGAGUUUAGUCUUUAAUUACUCGAGGAAUAAAUAGAGGAUAUUUCGUGGCCGCGCAGAGACACGAAAUUUCUCUUCGAGUGUUGAAAAACAUUUCACGAGUGAGCCCUCCUUUCGAACUGUUUUAUGAUGAAUUUAAAGUUACAAAAUGCUGCACAAAGACAUUUUGUCUUUGUUGAGUGUUACGUAGUAAAAUUGCUUUCAUGCGUUGCGUGACUUUCUCGAACGUUCUCUACGUUUUUGGAUUAUUCAUGAAUAAUUAAUUAGGGCAUGUUUACAUUUCAGCAUGACUCAGCAGAUUUGCAUCAGUUACUGAAAUCAUAAAAUAUGUCGAAAAGCUACUACUAUUCGCCUGUUUGGUAUUUUCUAGAACCUUUGUGUCAAACGGUAUACAAGUUCCAAGCGAGUUCUUUUGACGAACUAAGUUUUUUCCCACGAGCUGGACUGAUGUGUUUAGUCAAGUGUGACGAAGGUCGAUUUUCAGGUUCUGUGUUUACAAGUUCGCGGAAGCCGUAAGAUAUCUGAAGUUCAAGUGAGAGUUUGUUAUUAUUGGUAGAGGCUGUUUAGUUUUACUCAAAGUUCAAGUCAAGUUUGUGUUGGCGGAUGCUGUGUUUUGAAGCUCUGUAAAGGCUAUGUUCCUUUGGUGUUAAACUUCCUUGGGUUAAUCCGACAUCCCUGCGUGCUGAUAGUCAGUGAAUAAUUAUCCUCAAAACAUUCGAACUCGUGACUUUGAGUUUCAGCUAAUUCCAUGCUCAACGUAAUUGACUCCUUACCCAUGCCUUACAUAUCUUUAAUCAGUACAUGAGACUGCUAUGCUGCCUGAUGUGACUAAGAAAAAUAGAGAAUUGUUUUUUUUAGAAGGAUUUGUAUGGAGUCAUCAGAGCAUAACUGGGCUAAUAUCUCGGAGACAAUUUGUCCCGAAAUCCUAGUUUUUGGCAAAUCCCAUAAUUUCACAAAUUAACACCUUACUUUUACCAUAUUUGAUUUCUUACUAAUCCUCCGCAUUUACAAUUAAUUAGUUCCACAACCACGACGCCGUAGUGUACGCUCCGUAGCGUCUUGCUUCAUUUAAUUUUCCCUUACGCGAAUAUAUUUUUUUGUAAUUCUCCCGCCCGCCCCCCUCCCCCCAUAAGUUUUCUAAUAGUCCGUCCCUAACAAAGCGCACCUUCAAGUAAGCAAAGAGUUCCGCCAGGAAAAUGAAAGUGAAGCAUCACGCGCAAGGGGCUGAUUUUAACUCUCGGCAAGGUCAAAAGAUGAAACCUGUCGUAACACUAGAGAAAAACAUGUUUCUCAAUCGCUUGGAGAUUUCAUUCACGUUUUCAAAAAGCCAAACCACCACAAUAAGAAUGCACAGUCUGUUUUUCUACAAACGUGCAAGUAGCAAACUAGAGACGCAGAAAGUGGUACGUCACCGGGCCUGUGGUAAGCCUUGAACUAGCCCGCAUAACAGUCGCUUUAUGCCGCUUUAUUUUUUCUCCUCCCCUCGUCUCGAGCGUGUCACGCUUCGCGCGAAAUACCGCGUGCGCCUCGCUUGGCUCAAUUGCAGGCUAGCCUUGAACAAAUGCCUAAGGUCGAGGUCGUGGCCCCUUGGGAUAAAAACGCAAUUUGAGCUCUUGCCUGCAGUCUCUUCUUAGUAGGAUUCAUACACUAUUUAGUUAACAAUAAAUGGUUAGAAGGAUCAUAGUUAAAGGGUGCUGUACAAGAUUAAUGCGUCGGUGAGAAAUAAAAAUCUUUCUGGAAAAUAAUAUUAAUUCAAAAUGACUUUCUCUUCAUGUAAGGUCCAUCAGAUGCUGGAUUUAGCAGAUACGCACGCGAGAUUAGAGAACUGAAAGACACGCUUAAUAGUACUCGUCGUCAACUCGACGAUGUCAGACAUGAACUCAAGAGGCAAAACAAUACAAUAGCUAAGGUAACGUCACAAGUAAAAUGUAAAAAUAUCGAGCAGGUCUAUUUUAAAAGACAAAACGCUAUAAACUGCAUCUCAGCGCCAUUUUUCCAGUCAGUGUUUACUAAUGCAACUCCCCAAACGUGUUUAGUACUUAGAUGCUAAACAUGUUCUUCUUUUCUAUCGGCUUUUUAGUUAGUCUGGUCAUUCGUACUGUGUAUGAAAACGAGCAAACAGAGGGCUCACCCGUGUAUCCAGACGAAUUAUCCACUACUAAAAGGUCGUUUUAGGCUAUUUUAGAAAGACCAGAAUUCAUCUCGGAAAUAUUCCAGGGCGAAAAGCAACCGAAAAGCGUGUUCCAUCAACAAAAAUACAACAAGAAUUUUCAUGUUGUUUCUUUGUUUGUUUUUUGACAAUGGUAAUUAACUCCUAUCUUACUUUAAUUAAAGUUUGGAAUUAGUAAUGGUACAGAUCCAUCCAAGCGCUCAGACAACGACGGAUUGAAAGGUGAGCCCGGACCUUUGGGACCACCGGGGCCAGCAGGACCUCCGGGACCUAGGGGUUUCAAUGGAACGCAAGGACCGAUGGGCCUUCCUGGACCACAAGGACAACAAGGACUUCAAGGAGCAACAGGGUCCACGGGUAUAAACGGCUCUCAAGGCCCACCUGGAAGGCCUGGUGCUGGCAAUUUAACUCUAUGCCAGUACAAGAACAAGAGAGAAGCAGCGCAAACACCUGGAAUGGCAGCAGAUGCUGUCGUCCGCCUCCGGGAAGAUGAACAUCCGGUAUGUGUAUCUUAAAACCCAAGUAUCUGAUUGGUAAUGACGUAAGGAAACAUUUUGGAGGAAUUGUGUUUACAAGUUCUUCUGAAGAGAUAUAUAACUUCGGUUUAUCAGGCGAGUUUUAAUUUUAUCGUGUUGCAUUAUCUUUCGAAUUGCUUUAGUACUGGUCCGCAAUAUUCCCCGGUUGCAUUUUGCACAGUGAUGGAGCGAUGCUCGUAAAGCUUCCGGAACUUGUUCGAAAGAGAACCAUCAGGAGUUUCAAAUUCCAAAGUAGGUUCACCAAAAAAUAAGUCAGACUAUUCUACCUACACAGGCAGUUCAAGUAGACAACAAUCUGCGAGGGGUGAUCGAUUUCUAAACGAAAAUAACAAACAAUUAAACCCUAAAACCAUAUCCUUAGGUUAAGGAUAUAAAAUUAUGUGCUACAUUGCGAAAUGGGUCGACAACUAUCAUCAUGGCCUGCAGUGCAGGCGUUUUUUGGCGGCGGGCGAAGGCUACUUGGAUGUCUUUGCUUGUUAAUUAAGAGUAUUGCUUAUUCAUUCGUUUCCUUUCUUGCAGGGAUGGAAAAUUAUGGCCGCAACAUGUUCAACAGUAAAAGGAGCAGAGUACAUUAUGGAGGACGCAGUGUUUGAGCCAGGAACAAAUAUACCGGUAUACAGCUGUCAUUGUAAAGGACAAGCGACACUCUUUGUUCUUGGUUCAGGGUACAUGAAGUGCGUCAUACACUACUGGAUAUGCCCCAUCAUAAGUUAA